CUGAUUACUUCAACUCUACCUAAAGGGAGGUCGAUAUGACCCUGUCACGGAAUUAUUCGACUCGGACAACCACGCAUUUCUCACCAUGAUGAUUCUCAACUUCCUCUUCUCUGGGAUCCUCAUGCUCAACGUUCUCAUUGGCUUUAGGGAGUCUCACGACUGCUUUCCUGAAAAGAUCUACUUCACAGCAUCGCGUAAAGAGGCCAAAGAAUACCAGAAGGCCACAGAGAGACUUGGGGAGGAGGAGAGUCCAGCAUCUAAUGUGAUUGGUAUAUCUGCCUCGGCCGACGUUUCUCAAGACGUUUCAUCUAAAUAG